CCCAGCCACCUUGCCACCAUCUGUAGCCCCUCCAGAACCAGAGCCACAACCGGACUCAGAACCAGCACCAGGCCGAGGGACUCCCCCUGCACCUCCAUCAUGCAGAGCCUGCCCAGGAAGUGGGUUCUGAAGCCCCUCUCCCCCCACCUGGACCAGUCCUCCGACCUGCGGACCAUCACCAGCCCGGUCUCGGACGAGUCCUUCUCUUUCACAUCUGACAUGAGAUGGAGAGACCACCUCGGAUCGUCAUCAAAGGGUCAGCUGGACGCAGACGAGGCCUUCGACAGUAUCUCCGUGACUCGAACCAGCUCCUCGGUGACCGUCUCCAGCUCCACGGUUGCCGGGGAGGAGGAGGUGGAGGAAGUGGAUGUGGUGGUCCAAUCGCGCCAGGUGUCCGUGGAGACGGCGGCGACGUUUGGCAGUGACCGCGGGAGCUACGCUUGGUCGGCCGGGAGCAGCAGCCCCAGCACCCCCGGCACUCCCAGCAGCACCAGCUCCCACACGGGCUUCUACUCGUUCGUGGACGACCCGACCAGUCCGGAGGCGGAGAGGAACGAGGAGUGGAUGGUGUCGCCCGAGAGACAGGCCAAGAUGGCCACUCUGAAAUGGGAGAACAGCUUCAAGGUCCAGACGUACGCACUGGAGAGGAAGCCAGAGAAGCUUUUCGAGGACGAUGAUGGCAACGGCGACUCGCACUACAAGGUGGACAGGAGCAUCGCCACGGCAGCGGAGGAAGCAGAAGGUGGUAAUGGCGGCGACCCGGCGACGCUGGACAGGAAGGACAUCAUCCGUGACCAGGCCCCUAAGAAGAGUCGCGCCUUAAAAGAGCAGUGGAGCGCUCUGGAGACCCUGGACCUCAGCAAACCACCCAAGACACUGGUGGACGGAUUCAGCAUCUGCUACAGCUCCAUCAAAACACCCGAACCAACUGCGGCGACGACGGCAGAGCCUGGCACCAUCGACGACAAUCAGAUCGAGUUCGAUGUGGCGCGCAAGCGGUUUCUUCAGAUGGAGCAGGCCAAGCGCAGCAGCGACGUGGCAGCAUCUCCAAGGAGACCCCAGUCCCCCGCCUUGGCGUAUAGACCUCACUCUCCAGCUGGAAUGACGUACAGGCCUCACUCUCCUGUUCCAUCAAACACGCCUUACUCGCCAGCGCACAAACCAGGCUCUCCAUUUCCGGUGUACGCCCCCACCGGUGCCCAACAUUACGCCUCACAGGUUCCUGCACAGCUCCGCAAGUACAUGUUUGCCGAGGAGAGCAGCGUAACCACCGAAAGCCAGCACCACCAAACACUAUCAACUACCAAUCAAGACAGCGAAGACAUCAUCAUAAGCAGCGCGAGGACGGUGACGGUCAUCGAAGACGAGAAAAUCAUGACCAGCAGAAGCAACACCACGGAGCUGGACGCAGGGGUAGUAGGGGCCCAGCAGCUUCAAGAGGACACCACCGCCUUUGGUGGUCAGGUCGUCAAGGAAGAGUCGGAGGAAGAGGCGACGACCGGUGGUGUCUUGUUGCUUAGCGCAGCAUCAGCAUCAUCCCAGGAGACGCCCAUCGAGCGAGAGAUCCGCAUCGCCCAGGAGCGCGAGGAGAGCCUGCGGCGGGCUCGCGGCAUCCAGCACAGCGCCAUGCCCGAGAUGGUGGAGAUCAAGACCAAGUCUCUCCUCUCCUCCUCCUCCUCCACGGCGGCUGAACCUGCCAAGCUUGUCAAGGCCAAAGAGAACAGCCGCGUGAGCUUCCUCAUCCAACGCGAGAUCAGCAGGGAUGGACGUCGAGAGCGCUCCCUCAGCGAGUAUGACGUGGAGGAGAGAAGGAGGGCCUUCGAGACCCAGGCGAGGCCCUCACCCGACCUGACUGCACCUACCCUGUCUGCAACAAACCAGCCAGACGUCUUCCAGGAACCCUCCUCCUUUAGCAAAGUUGAAGAAGAGAAGGUCUCGUCCUCUGAGGUGUCUGUGGCAUCCACAGCAGACGCAUCGAAGCCAGCAGAGCAGUCAGCGGAGAAUGAGAAUGGCCUGCUACCAUGCUGUCCCCACAGACACGCUGACGAGCAGGCAGCGGCUACGACUGUUUUGCUCUCCUCUCCUCGCGUGAGGGCCUCCUCCAGCUCCGAGAUGUCCUGGAGACCCCGUGCCCGCACCUCCUCUGGGGCCUUGGCCUCCCGCAUAGCUGCCGUGGAGCGAUGGAGCACCACCACCAACAACACCACCACCACAGACGGCUCCCACUCCCCACUGAGGCCCUCCCCACUAGCAGCAGCUCCCCCUGGCAGCCCCAUGCCCCCCAGGCAGUCCAGCUUUUUCAGAAGCGGAACUAGCUCAUGGUCGAGCUCAAGGCCGAGCCUGGGGACAUUCUCCUCGGCGAGCCUCUCGACGCUUGCCGACGCAGGAUCGGGGACAGGGUCUGGAUCUGGAUCUGGCCAGAACAGCGACCUGCAAGACUGGAGGCAGCAGAUGGAGGAGCGUCUGCAGAACGCCCCCGACCUGAUCCGGCAGGACAUCGAGAGGGACAUGCAGCGCGAGCAAGAGCACCUGGAACGCAAGUCUCAAAGCCAGACGCUACCGCCGCAGCCACCGCCACCUGAAAGCCAAGUGUCCCAAAACCAGGCACUACCACCACCACAACCACAUCAAAGCCAAGGAUCUCAAACCUGGGUAUCUCAAAACCGGGUAUCUCAAAGCUGGGCACCUCACCACCACCAGCGCUCCAUCUCUCUGGACAAGGGUCUGGAUGACAUCGACGGCGGCUCAGAGCAAGUGUUAACCUUGGCAACGGUGACAAGAACAACAACAACAACAACAAAAACAACAACAGAGGUCCAGCCUGACCUCAUGCGUAGCUCUGAAGUUGAGAACGUGACGGAGUCGUGGAGUGUGCCUGAGGUCGCACCGCCUAAGGAACCAGCAAAGCCGCUGACCCAGUCAAGACCAUCUUACGCCUGGAGUGUGGACACCAACCUGACCACCAGAAUAUCCACCUCAGAUAAGAACCUGGACACCAUCACGCCUCGUCCUCUCUCCUCCUCCUCCUCCUCCACGUCCUACUCCUCCUCCUAUCUGCCCUCCGUCUCCAUGGUGACGGCCCAGCCGUGGGGGAGCCAGAGGCUGAGCUCUGUGCCGGGUCUGUACCGGGUCCGGAGCCUGGAGGGGCUGGUGGACGGACCCGGACCUGCAUCCCCCGCGUCCCCCUCCUCCCCCUCCACCCCCUCGGGCCAGAAGGGGCUGACCGAGACCCUGCUGGAGGACUUUGAGGAGCGCCGGGCCAAGAUGAGGCUCGAGGAGAGUGCUUAUGCUGGGAUCCAGCCCAUUGAUGACGUAAACAAUGAGGUACUGGAGGCGACCCGUGUCGUACGCCAUAAGAACACCAGGGCUCUGCGCUGGGAGGCUGGCGUCUAUGACAACCAAGACGACAAAUAAGAUGUCCCCUUUCUCUACAGAUAAACCUAUGUACAGUAUGCCAACCAGCACACUAAAUGCCAACAGUACGCCAACACUACCCCCUUUUUCUACAGAUAAAUCCCACAUGUAUACCAACCAAGGCACCGAAUGAGCAUGCCAACACUGUUGGUUACAGUCCCUGGAGCAUUGUGGGGUUAGGUGCCUUGCUCAAGGACACAGCAGCCAUGGAUGUGUAGAAUAAUGGUGGCAUUCUAACAUCCACCUCCCUAACCACUAGGCCACGGCUGCCCCCAUUCUAGGCCUUGGCUACACCCUGCUUUUACAAGUUCUUAGAUCCUCUGCUAUUUUGAUCUCCUGUGCCUGGCAUGUCCAAAAGGACUGAAGAGCUAUAGCCUAACCCCAAAUAGUGGUGUGACCCCAGCCCACCAGAAUAGUGUGAAUGGCCCCUCAGAUAUUACAUUGCAUUUAGCAGACGCUUUGUAACCAAAGCGACUUACAAUAGAGGACAUAAGCAUACAUCGCCAACAUCACUGGCAGAUACAAAGUGCAGAGGAAAUAUGCAGAACAAGAAGUGCAGAUGCAAAGUAGGGUUCCAGAAUGGGAUAGCAUCAGAGCAUCUGGAUAGUGUAUCAGUCUCUCUGUAGACCCUUGAAAAGACUGUAACACAGGGCUGAAUGACUCAGACCAAAAAAAUGAUCGAGCAUUACAGUAUGUCUCUGUAUAAAAUUCCAUAUAAUAAUAUAUUAUAAUAAUAAUAAUGGUAUGUAAUAUAAUAAAAGUAAUAACAAUAAUAAUAUAAUAUAAUGCUAAGUUAAAAGCAAAAAUCUCUAGCAGGCUUAACUGAGGGUAAUGUUAGAUCAAGCAAUCACGUAGUGUAUGAUGAUUUUGCAUAUGCCUAGAGACUCUCAUCACGGCUUCGUCCUCUCCAGGAGUGUCUCCAUUGAUCCUGUAUGAAUGUGUGUGUGCAUGUUGCCUAGCGCUGAAUCAAGGCUGAUUGAGUUCACUGCCUCUUCUCCCGUCUCCGGCCGCUGUACAGUUUGAGUGCCUUUGCGCUCUCAAAAGCUCAAAUGCUGAUUCAUGUCAUGUGUUGGUGAUUCAUAAUGUUUCUUAAAGCAAGACUCGCUCGCACCCAUAUUUGACAUUAUUGAACUCUUAAUUUAAUAAAGUGAAAAUCUUGACGAUGUAUUUUCUUGAUUCUGUUUUACAGAAUAUCCUUAAAAAGCUGGAAUUUAGAAUUAAAUAGAAAAAAAACAAUAAAAGAUGAAAUCCAAUGUUUGGUUUUUGUGAGUGAGUGUAUUUUUUAUGUUAAGAAUGAGUUUCAUCACAGUUACGCACUUCUGCACUUAAGUUUUGACUUCUGUUUUCAACGGAAAAGGGAAACACUAACAUCUACCACAGUGGGUGGGUAUCGGUGGUGCACUUGAGACAAAUGGACUAUCACAGUCCAUUUCCAGAAAUAUAGCAUGACAUGCAAACCACAUAAGGUGACGAAAGCAUGUAUGUAUUUUUGAGUGCUCUCUCGCUCUCUCUCUCUCUCUUUCUCUCUCUCUCUCUCUCUCCCUCCCUCCCUCUCUCUCUGUAUCUCAAAUUCAAAUUCAAAUGGUGCUUUUUUAGUCUGACUGCUAAGACUGU